GGAACGGGAGCGGGGAGUGCGGAGGAACUGGACCGGACCGACCCGACGGGAUGGGAGGGAGCAAAGAGUCGGAGGGAGCGGACGGGACGGGAUGGAAUGGGACGGCACGGGAUAGGAUGAUGGACGGGACCCGCGAAUCCGCGCCCCCGGGCCCGCUCUCCGCCGCCUUCCUGCGGGCCGGCAGUCGGUGCAGCCAUGGUGUCCAAAAAGCAGCUGGCAGACUUUGGCUACAAGGCCUUCUCGGGCUCCAUGAUGCUGCUGACGGUGUACGCCGGCUACCUGUGCAGCGUCCGUGUGCAGAGGAUGCUCCAGCACCGCCGCCAGCGCGAGAACGCGCCUGGGCCUGAGAGCUGAGCCCUGCUGGGACCGGCCCCGGGAGCUGGGGCUGGCCCCGGGAGCUGAGCCUGCCCCGGGAGCUGGGACUGGCCCCGGGAGCUGGGACUGGCCCCGGGAGCUGAGCCUGCCCCGGGAGCUGGGACUGGCCCCGGGAGCUGAGCCUGCCCCGGGAGCUGAGCCUGCCCCGGGAGCUGGGACUGGCCCCGGGAGCUGAGCCUGCCCUGGGACCAGCCCCACCUUCCCAGUCCCCCCCUGGGCUGGGGGAGGCAGAUGGAGUGCAAUAAAACCGUGUCAAAGUGGC